AGUGAAUCAAUGAUAGACAAGCGAGUGUGUUUUUACCGCUACCGAACAAGGAGUGCGCGGGGUACGCUGCUUUAUUAAGGUGUUCCAGCUCAAUUGAUCAGACCCGGCCAGCGAUUCUAACCGACACAACAUUACCUUUCUACAGAAAUAAUUGGAGUUCAUUCCGCGAGCGAGUUAUGAUGAGAAAUAACGCGCGCAUUGAUCAUCAUCCUCAUCAUCAUCAUCAUUCGUCCGUCGCGAUGGGGGUUGGUGCGUCCUCCUCGGCAGGUCGGGCGCGGUGCGGUGCGUCGUUGCGGUGCGUUGCGGUGCCAUGCGCGUUUUCUUUAGUCGUCAUCGUCUGGUCUGUGUCUGUCUGUUCGGUCCUGUCCCCCUCCCGUUCCCGCGCGCUCGUUCGUAUGGCGGAUGAAAACGUCGUCGCUGAAGAUUUGGUGGAUCCUCACAGUCAGUGCUUACUCUCACAGGCAAAGACAACUUGUCGCGGCGGUCGCGUAGAGCGCUGAUCGUGCGUGAGUGAGUGAGUGAGUGAGUGAACCGGAUAAUGGCUCGAACUUCUUUUACCUUGCGCGCUGGGACACUCAGGUGACCAUGCUGUGUGUUUAUCUCCCCUGAGAUCUCCAUGAAUACGAUCGCCAUCACCUCAACGUUUACGACUGUUGGUCGUCUUUGGUCUGGGUUGUGACGAGGGUGGUUGACCACGGCAGCGAACACCUGUGUUCAGAUCUGGUCAGGAAAACUGCUCGCUACAAAGUGCACGAAAAGACUCAAGUUGUUCACUUUAGGGUGGAAAAACGCAUACCUUUUCUAUAACCGAGAAAUAGGUUUUGUAGUGCUCACGAAUCUUUAAAUGUAACAAGAAACAUAGGCAUGUUAAAAAAGUAAAUGUUACUUCUGAAGCAGAGUGUUUGGUGGUAUCGUUUCUUUUGAAUUUGUGUGAAAUACGAGACUGGGUCGUAUAAAUGGAUAUUCCACCAUUCUCAAGAGAGAUUUUGAUACGCCGUGUGAGAUAAUUCCUGUGAUCCGAUUUUAUAUCUCAUCUUUCCCGAAGUGAUUUGAAUCGAGCACAGGUUCAGUGUGAAUCAGAGCGCAGUCUUGCGAAGUGGGUUAUUCUGGAUUCAUAACCGGCAACUACUUAUAGACUUGUUGGUGUUGAUUUUCAAGAGUAUACUGUUGUCAAGAUUCUUUCAAAAACCGCAUUAAGCUCAUUUCUACUUAUGAACACCGGAUAGAGAGCAGCAUUGAAAAUUCCUAUUCGUCCAGGACCCUAUCCACAGCAGCAUCGAAAACCCUCUCUAAAAGUGUCUACCUAAACGUCCAUCGAAGACACUGUCGAAUAUCCAUCAAAGACAAAAAGUCUUGACUACAAUCUUGGCAAUGACGUCAGUCCACGUACACAUGUCACUCAGAUGAAGAGGCCCCGCCCCUGUUGCGAGCGAGUGCCCGCCCCCUGUGGAGCCUGAUGUUGACGAGCACGCCCCUGAGUGUGCUGAGCUUCAUCAUGGAGACCGUCCAUCAGCUGGACCCCGCCCUGCUAGCCUUCUGGGAGGGCUUCCCUUGUCCUCCCCCAUGGAAGGAGGACUUGCUCUUCCGGUUGAACUGGACUGGCUGUGUGGGCACAGAGGUGGGAGAGAGAGUCAAACUGUACAUGGCCGACAAGUGUAAGAUCCGACACGACGGGGUCAAAGUCCUGCCAGGUCCUGGAGAUGGGGCGGCUGGCGGGGGCGGGGACGGGGUGCUGGUCGACGACACUUGUGCUUUGACCUGCCAGAUCAUCAUCGGCGUCGUCUCCGUCCUCUUCAUCGUUCUGCUCACCUUGGUCGUGGUGGUCUGCGUGAGGAGACCACCUUACAAGGAGACAGGACGGAAACUCGGGUGGUCCCCGCGAGCGCCUCUGGUGCUACCUCCUCCACCACGUCGGCGACGGUCAACGGUGGUCACUACUAUCCGGGUUCGUACCCCCAGCACGACUGCCAGCAGGUCAACUACCACCACCACCACCACCACCCGUCCCACAUCAGCAACGCCCUCCUCCAUCAGCAGCAGCAGCAGCAGCAGCAACAGCAGCAGCCGCCGAGACUCAUCAACACGCCUUACGGGCAGGUCCCCGCCCACACCUCUUCUCUGGUCGUGCCGCAACACUCUCGCUACGCUCCGUCGCAUUACAAAAAACUGGACGGCGGCGUCUACAACAGCUCGUCCAGCUGCACAAGUGAUCGCUCUCCUGUGUACGAGAGUAUCGGGGACAACGAUUCGAUCCGCGAGCGGUGUCGAGGGGCGAGGGACACCUCCGUGUCUGAGUGUGAGUUCUGCGAGUGCUGCGAGCACGGGAGCGAGCAAGGAGGGGGAGGAAGCGCAGGCUACGCCGGUUAUCAAGACCCAGUGUUCUUUAAGGGAGACCCUCCAACCUCCUCCUCUGGGGGUGAGUAUAGCGCAGAUAAAAUCCGGCAUAGACCCUACCACGAUCCUGCCACGAUAUGUCCUCACAGGCCGACAGAAGACCCGCCAGGCCCCUGCCCGCCUAUGUUCUCAGACGGUUUCUACGGUGAUAAAGGCUCUCCCCAGACUCUUCCUCUGCGCCCUUUGAGAGGCGGCGGUCGCGGAGGGAAGGCCAGCAGUAUUAACGAGCUCCCGGAUGGCGAUGAGCCCGGAGGGGUGGCAGACGAGAGGAUCCCGCUCAAAUCGGGCUCUGUUUUGUUGCCCGAAGGGGGCGAGGAGGGCUCCAUGAGGCGGCGGCCGUCGUCAGGCAGCAGCUACAGCAACAGCAGCUCCCACUACAGGGAGGGAAAUUACAACGGACAGCGACGCCCCAUUCCGGCCCUUCACCCUCACUACUUUGUGGCGUCACCGGAUGACACGAUCAGCUGAUCUCCGAGACAUGCGCAGUCGUGACUGUUGACACAGCGGAUGUGACGUUUAUGAGAGCAGGAAAAAUGUGACAGACGGCAAAGAUUGCUAUGAUAUCGUUUCUGGCUUUGCCCAAACAUAGAGAGGGAGAAAGAGAAGGGGUCGAAGAAAGAAAAGGAGAGAGAAGGGGGGAAAGAGGGGAGAGAGAGAGA